AUGACUAUUCCAGAUGAUGAUUCUACAAAAAGGAAACGAUGGACUCAUCUCCGUCGUGUGCUCGAACGAGCUGGACCUUUUAAAGAUCCAAAUUUUGAACCAUCGACUGAGCUUUUAUCAGCAAUCGAAUCUGUUAGAAUAUUAAUUAUUGGUGCCGGUGGUCUCGGUUGUGAAUUAUUGAAAGAUAUGGCUUUGAUGGGUUUUUGUCGUAUUGAUAUAAUCGAUAUGGAUACAAUUGAUUUAGCUAAUUUAAAUCGUCAAUUUCUGUUUACUAAAGCUGACAUAGGCAAAUCAAAAGCUGAAAUUGCCGCCAAAUUUAUCUUGAAUCGUAUACCAAAUUGUAAUGUUACACCACAUAUGAACAAAAUUCAAGAUUUCGAUGCAUCGUUUUACUCACAGUUUCGAAUUAUUGUUUGUGGUCUCGAUUCUAUUGUUGCUCGUCGAUGGAUCAAUAGUAUGCUAGUUAGUAUGCUACAAUAUGAUGAAAAUAAUCAAGUUGUACCAACUUCAAUAAUACCUCUUAUCGAUGGUGGAACAGAAGGAUUUAAAGGCAAUGCAAGAGUUAUUAUGCAUGGAUAUACUAGUUGUAUAGAAUGUACAUUGGAUUUAUUUCCUCCACAAGUAAACUUUCCUCAAUGCACCAUUGCAAAUAAUCCUCGUUUACCAGAACAUUGCGUUGAAUGGGUGACAAGUAUUCUUUGGCCGAAAGAAAAACCAUUUGGUCCAGGUGUUAACAUCGAUGGCGAUAGUAUUGAACAUAUUCAAUGGAUUGUUGAGCAUGCCACAAAACGAGCUAAUGAACAUAAUAUAACUGGAAUUAAUUUUCGAUUCACACAAGGUGUAGUUAAACGUGUUAUACCAGCUGUUGCAUCAACAAAUGCUGUUAUUGCAUCGAUUUGUGCUACAGAAGUUUUUAAACUAGCUACAUCAUCUGUCCUGCUUAUGAAUAAUUACACGAUGUUUAAUGACAUUGAAGGAAUAUAUAUGCUAACGUAUCCCCCUGAAAAAAGAGAGGAUUGCCCAAUAUGUUCAAAUGUUCCUGUACGCGUUCAAAUUAAUGAAACAGCGAAAUUUCAAGAACUCGUUGAUCAACUUAUUGAAAAAUAUCAAUUGAUUGCUCCAUUGAUUUGUACACAGAUUGAUGGAAAAUCAAAAACUUUAUAUAUGACAAGUACAAAACAAAUGCUUGAACUAACAAAACCGCAUCUUAGAAUGACAUUGCAAGAACUUGGAUUAGCCAAUGGUACUGAACUGUUGGUUGGCGAUCCAGCACGAGCUUCGUCCAUGCGUGUGAUCAUUUCACUAACUAGUUCCAUGGAAACUACUACAGCGAAAUAA